GAGCUCAUUUCUUCUCCUCUCCCCAAAUUCAGAUUCAUAAAAUGUCGAGCUUUUUCCAAUUUACUCCCUCCGAACUGCAACCCACUUCCCGCCGGCAACAAAUCUGUGUUGCCUAGAGUACCGGCGUCGCUGUCGUCUUCAAUUGCGGCUCCGACGGCGCUGGAGCAGACCGGAGGGAAGAUGGUGGUGGAGCUGGUGGGAGCCUUCAACGAGCUUGCUGAGAGAAUCAACGUCUUGUCCACUAGCUCCUCUCGCUUGCUCUUCUUGUCUCUCAAGUUCUCCAUUCCAAUCUUGCAGGCCUUGCCUCUCGCUCUCGACGGCCGCUCUCCACUCUCUAAGGCUUUGUCCGUUGCUCUCCUCCUCGCCGAUCUACAGAUGGAUGCAGAAGUUAUUUCAGCUGGUAUACUGAGACAAGUUCUGGAGGCUGGUGCAACAUCCAUAUUUGAAGUGAGAGAACGGAUAGGGACUGGUACUGCUCAUGUCUUGCAUGAAAGCAUGCGGAUGAAGAAUAUUCCAUGGAAAAUUGAAGUUUUGGAGGAUGAUAGUGCUGCUGCGUUGAGAAAGUUCUGCUUGACAUACUAUGAUAUUAGGGCAGUGAUUUUGGACCUAGCUUUCAAGCUUGAUAUGAUGAGACAUCUAGAUUACCUUCCAAGACAUCAGCAGCAAAUUCUUGCUCUAGAGGUUAUGAAGAUAUAUGCUCCAUUGGCUCAUGCUGUGGGCACCAACUACUUAUCACUGGAACUGGAGGAUCUUUCAUUCCGUUACCUGUUUCCUUAUUCAUAUCUUUAUUUGGAUACAUGGUUGAGAAGCCACGAGACAGGAAAUAAACCUCUGAUAGAUUUAUACAAGGAAGAGCUACUUGAAGCUUUAAAAGCUGAUCCUAUCUUGGCAGACAUGGUGGAUGAUAUCUCGGUGAAAGGGCGUCACAAAAGCCGAUACAGCACAAUGAAGAAGCUCUUGAGAGAUGGUAGGAAGCCAGAAGAAGUAAAUGACAUUCUGGGAUUGCGGAUCAUAUUGAAUCCUAGAUCUGGACCAGACAUGUUAGGAGUAGGUGAGAAGGCAUGCUUCAGGGCACGUGAAAUUGUUCGAUCAUUAUGGAAAGAAAUGCCUCAUAGAACCAAAGAUUAUAUUUCCCGGCCCAAAGCAAAUGGGUAUAGGAGUUUACAUAUGGCAGUUGAUGUGAGUGACAAUGCCAGGACAAGGCCACUGAUGGAAAUACAGAUACGGACUAGAGAGAUGGAUAUGUUGGCCACAGGUGGGACCGCAUCUCAUUCAUUGUACAAGGGUGGUCUGACUGAUCCAGAAGAGGCCAAGCACCUCAAGGCCAUAAUGAUUGCUGCAGCUGAGUUUGCAGCAUUGCGUCUUAAAGAUUUUCCAUCAACAAAGCCGAAAGGUUUGGAGCUUGAUCAAAGAGGCCAGGUGUUUCAUCUUCUUGACAAGAAUGGUGAUGGUAGAAUUAGCAUUGAGGAAUUAACAGAAGUUAUUGAAGAGCUUGGUGCCCCAGGGGAAGAUGCACAAGAGAUGAUGCUGCUUCUUGAUUCAAACAGUGAUGGUUCUCUAAGCUCUGAUGAAUUCGACUUGUUUCAGAAACAGAUUGAAAUAAUGCGCAAUUUGGAGGACAGAGAUGUUGAGUUCAAGACUAUUUUGAAUGAGAAGCUACAAACAGCAGACAAUAGUGGCUUGAUUCAGGUAUACAGCAAAGAAUUAGGUGAUAGGCUAGCAAAUUGAACCUAAGAGACCUAUAUUUGAAUAGGUAUGUGCAUAUGCUUUAAUAAUUUAUGUCCAGAUUCUCAGCAACGUAUUGAUAAAACAAAAAAGAAGAGGAUACUCUACAAUGUAUGUAUUACUGUUGUAAUGGAUAUAUGUAUUGAAAGCCAUUCAGCAAGGGAGAUCCAAGGACUUGUGACUAUAUUUUUAUUUAUAUUCAAUCAACAAGAAAAUUGUUC